AUGACGGGUGUCAUGUUGACCUGUCGUAAAUCAUCAAUAGUUAUUCAACAACAACAACAGCAACAACAACAACAACUGCAACAACAACAACAAGUGCAGCAGCAGCAAAUAUCAAUAGGGACUGAGCGAGGUGCAAAUGAUUCAGUUGCUGUGCUCUCAGAAAUGCUAAACAUGGAUUCCUCCGCAAGCAAGCAACAUACCAGUGACAUUCUGCGCAGCAGUAUUUUUGAAGAUAUUCCCAAACUUGCAUGCUUAAUAUCAAUGAUGUCAGUAUGUUUGAACACUCCUCAUACUUUUUCUUUUUUUCCGCCGCUCUAUUACAUUGUGUUUCUUGCGGAUGCCAUUGUUACUAUCGUAUUUCUUAUCGAAGCUAUUGUCAAAAUUGUCACUAAUGGUCUUAUCACGUAUGAAGGGAGCUAUCUUCGAGAUCGCUGGUGUCAAUUUGACUUUUUUUUACUCACUUUGCACAUUACAUCAGUAUUGUUGAACGCUUACGAACUUAUCUGUCUCUGGUUUCCACACUUGAAAUGGCAUUAUCAUCCAUGGUAUGGUGUUAUAAGGGCUCCAAGGCCAUUUAUUAUGAUACGCUUCGUACGGUCCAUCGUACGUUUUAAGCUCCCGAAGAAUCGCAUCCAACAGAUCAUCAAACGUUCUUCACAGCAGAUUCAGAAUGUAACAAUAUUCUUCAUGUUCUUCAUGACAUUCUACGCAAUCAUGGGAGUACAGUUAUUCGGUCGAAUGGACUAUCAUUGUGUCCUUCCGGGUACCAAUAUUUCUAAUGUGACUAUCGCCGACUUGGCUAUACCAGAUACGAUGUGUUCGCAAAAGGGGGCUGGUGGUUACGAAUGCCCAACCAAUAUGGAAUGUUUGAAGUUGGAUAUGAGCGCUCAUGCUGAAGGUUUCUAUGGCAUGUUUAAUGACUUUGGUUCUAGCUUAUUCACCGUAUACAUGGCAGCAUCACAGGAAGGAUGGGUAUACGUUCUAUACGACUGUUUAGACACAUUUCCCUCCUAUAUCGCUUUUUUUUACUUCAUCACAUUGAUAUUUUUACUCGCUUGGCUUGUUAAGAAUGUGUUUAUCGCCGUAAUAACGGAGACAUUUGCGGAAAUACGGGUGCAGUUCAGUGAAAUGUGGCAGACACGUGAAAUCACUAUUGAGGAUAGUUUCGCUCAGAAACUGGAAAAAACAGAAGAUGGAUGGCGACUGAUGGCAGUGGAUGCAGAAAAGAUAAAUCCUGACAGUGCUCCCAAACCGUUGUAUUGGUUAGUUCGUUCAGCAGUGUUUCAAACUUGUAUGAUGGUGAUGGUGGUGUUGAACGCUGUCAUCAAUGCAUCUUUUGUUUAUAAACAUGACGCAAGUGAUGAACCACGCAAGCUUUUUUACUACUAUAUUGAGGUAGGCUUUACGAUAAUAUUCAACGUGGAAUGUCUUUUGAAAAUGGUCGCUUUGGGAUGGAAUGGAUAUAUACGACUGCACAAGUUUGAACUUAUUUUAUGCAUUGGAAGCACAUUAAAUAUCGUGAAGCCACUGUAUUCAAUGAAUCUUUUCACUUAUUUUCAAGUUUUUCGUAUCGUUCGACUUAUUCGCGCUUCUCCAAUGCUCGAGGAUUUCGUGUAUAAGAUAUUUGGACCAGGAAAAAAACUGGGUGGUCUGGUAGUAUUUACGAUGGUACUACUCGUUAUCACUUCUGCUGUUUCUCUUCAACUCUUCUGUUAUGUUCCAAAUUUGGAUAAAUUUCGAACAUUCCCACAAGCAUUCAUGUCAAUGUUUCAAAUAAUAACACAAGAAGGGUGGACAGAUGUAGUAGUGGAGAUUUUACGUACCACAAACGAAUCAAUGGUCCCAUUCGUUGCGAUAUAUUUCGUCGGAUAUCAUUUAUUUGUUACUUUGAUUGUUUUGUCGUUAUUCGUUGCUGUUAUACUCGAUAAUUUGGAAAUGGACGAAGAGUUGAAGAAAGUGAAACAACUCAAAGCAAGAGAAGAGACUACGUGCAUGCGUACAACACUUCCGUGGCGUUUGAAAAUUUUUGAAAAAUUUCCUACUCGACCACAAAUGGUAGAAUUACGAAAAGUAUCCGGUGAAUUUCCGCUGCCAAAAGUGCGACAGAGUUUCACAAAACAAUUUGCAGAGGACAAUACACUGACGUACAGUUUCCAUUCUGAAGAAUCGGAUCUUCAGCGGAAGCAACUGUUACGUAGUGUCGGGAGAUCUUUCUUCCGUAGCUCCGUUACUGUACGACAAAUCGGUCAGCUAUCAUCGAAAUGGACAAUUAGCAUUCUUAUCGAAGAAGCAAAUCGGAAUCGUGCCCUUUUUCUGGAUUCAAAUCAGUUCAUUGCUCAACUCGGCCAAGGUGGCACUCGAAUUUGGGGAGAUUCGAGAUAUCAUAACAGAAGCAUAAAUCGACCAGUAAAAUUGAAAGUUGUUUAUGAACAUCUGAAGGAAAAUGGUGAUGUGCGGUUGGCAGAUUCGGCACCAAAAAAUGAUUUAAAACACGGUGAAAUUGAUAUCAAAGCAUUGCAGCAAAAGCGACAGCAUGCAGAAUUAACUAGGAAUCGGAUUGAAGAGGAAAUUCGCGAGAAUCAUCCUUUUUUUGAUCGCCCGCUUUUUCUCGUUGAUCGGGAUUCACGUCUUAGGCAUAUCUGUCACGAAAUAGUUUAUGCCAAAUAUAUGCCUGACAAAAUUGACUCAAUUACUGGAAAACAAAUACAGCAACGCUACAAGCAACUACAUGAGCUGAUCGGCUUGUUGACAUAUCUUGAUUGGGCAAUGGUGUUUUUUACGGCGCUUUCCUGUUAUUCAAUGCUAUUCGAAAGUCCAUGGCCAACUACGGGCGAGAAUCUGAUCUUCAACAACCCUUAUCUACAGAUCUGUGAGUAUAUGUUCGUUAUAUCAAUGACUUUUGAACUUGCUGUCAAGGUACUUGCAAACGGGUUUAUUUUUACGCCAAAUGCUGUAGUACGAGAUGUCGGUGGUGUGAUGACUCUUUUCAUUUACAUUACGAGUGUAAUUUACUUGAUUUGGAUGCCGCGUUAUGUGGAAAUUAACUCACUGGCACAGAUGAUGAUGAUCUUCCGAGCCAUGCGACCAUUACGCAUUUACACUCUUGUUCCGCAUAUCAGGCGAGUUGUGGUAGAGCUAUGCAAAGGAUUUAAAGAGAUUCUCUUGGUUACUACUUUGCUUAUUUUGCUCAUGUUUAUAUUCGCCAGUUUCGGUGUACAGAUCGCUGGUGGCAAAUUAGCUGCAUGUAAUGAUCCAGCAAUCACUGAAAGAGAAAAAUGUUUCGGUAUAUUUGAACAAAAAGUCUUUGUUACACGAAUGGAAGUGUAUGGGAAGAAUGACAAUGAGCUGCACCCGAAAAUUUGGGUACCUCGAGUUUGGACAAAUCCACGAAAUUUUAAUUUUGACCAUAUCGGCAAUGCUAUGCUGGCACUGUUUGAGACUCUAUCGUACAAAGGAUGGAAUGUUAUCCGUGAUAUAUUGUGGAUGAGACAAGGACCUUGGGCAGUGGUCUUUAUUCAUAUAUAUGUAUUUACUGGGUGUAUGAUCGGACUUACACUCUUUGUUGGUGUCGUCAUUGCCAACUACACUGAAAAUAGAGGUACAGCAUUGCUUACAGUAGACCAGCGACGUUGGCAUGACCUGAAAGCACGUCUGAAAAUGGCACAGCCUUUACAUGUUCCACCGAAACCAGCGGAGUCAGCUAAACUCCGCAUUAGAUUGUAUGAAAUGACACUGAGCAGGUGGUUCAAACAGGUAUUCGCAGUGCUAGUAGUAAUCAAUUCGGUGACUUUAUUUAUUCCAUGGAAUGUUGAAGAAGAGAAGAAUAGCUACAAGGCUCUUGUCUUCAUGACAGGUGUAUCGGCUAUUGCCAAUAUCCUUUUCACUUUUGAGAUUCUGUUAAAGAUGAUUGCAUUCACAGUACGUGGUUUCUGGCAGUCCAGGCGGAAUCGGAUCGAUCUACUGAUAACAGUACUUGGGCUUUUUUGGAUCUUCACUCACUUUAUUAUGGCUUUACCUGCAAGCGCUGUUGGCGGACCUACAGAGCUGAAGGAAUUUACAUAUACUUUUGGAUACUUGGUGGUCAUUUUGAGAUUCUUCACCAUAGCCGGUCGAAAAACGACUUUGAAAAUGCUGAUGUUAACAGUAGUAAUGAGUAUGGUGCGAAGUAUGUUUAUUAUCACAGCGAUGUUUCUUUUGGUGUUAUUCUACGCUUAUACUGGUGUUAUACUGUUUGGUAUGGUUAAGUAUGGACAAGCUGUUUCCAAGCAUGUGAAUUUUCGAAAUGCUAAGGAAGCCUUGGUGGUAUUAUUCCGAAGUGUUACUGGUGAAGAUUGGAACGAUAUCAUGCAUGACUGCAUGCGCAGUCCACCACUUUGCUAUUGGAAGAAAGGUGUCAGUUACUGGCAAACUGAUUGUGGCAAUUACUUUGGUGCAAUCAUUUAUUUCUGUUCUUUCUAUCUUAUCAUUACUUAUAUUGUUCUAAAUCUUCUUGUUGCUGUGAUUAUCGAGAAUUUCUCACUGUUUUAUUCAAGCGAAGAAGAUGCUCUUCUAAGCUAUGCAGACAUCCGUAACUUCCAGCAAGUCUGGAACAUAGUAGAUCGUACAAUACCAGUUCGUCGGGUGAAAUUUCUAUUACGCUUAUUGAAAGGUCGACUGGAGGUUGACCCUAACAGAGAUCGACUGUUGUUUAAGUACAUGUGUCAUGAAAUGGUUCGAUUGCACAAUGGCGACGACAUCUCCUUUCAUGAUGUCUUAAAUAUGCUGUCGUAUCGCAGCGUCGAUAUACGAAAAUCUUUACAGCUUGAGGAACUGUUGCAUCGGGAGGAAUUAGAGUAUAUCAUUGAGGAGGAGGUAGCAAAGCAGACAAUACGUUCUUGGUUAGAAGGCUCUUUACGGCGAAUCAAAGCACAGCAGAAUAAGGAUAAUUCGCUGAUUGCACAUCUGCGACCUUUUCUAAAUGAGCAACACAGUAUGCACUCGAUGUUACAAUUAAAUCAAAUGAACGCAGCAAGUAAUCUUCAGCAAGAUCAGCCGCAACAACUUGGUGAAUUAUUGGAUAAUGAAGAGGAGGAGCUGAUUAAAUGUAAAUCGACCAAGAGGUCACGAAGAAGUAGCAUUCCGGAACUUGUUGGUGAAGCUGCAAAAAAGUUCAUUUUUACCGGAAGCUCCAGCGCGCGGGUGAGAGGAGUACAUAGUGCUCAAUCGGUGGAUCGGACAAGUUUUCGUGAAGAAAAGAGCGUGAAAUCUUUGUUGAGCACUGAAAAGAGUAUAGCGGUCACUAGGGAUGAGAAGAGGUCGAUCAAAGGUGUUCAAGUUAAUUUACCAGCUAGCGAACUACCUGAUGUUGAAGAGUGGAAUGAAGAGAACGUUAGCAGUGAUGUGGCCAACUUUGCCGACCGGAGAUAUUCCGCAGAAUCUGCCCUUCUCGCUGUUAAUGAAUUCAGUAAUGAUGCUAUCUCAUUUACCGGUAAACUCACCAACACCCCAUUCACAUGGGCAUCUUCCUCGGUUGUUGAGGAAAAUGCUCAUGUAAGAGAAUGGUGGUCGAAAUUCAAUGUUCUCAUCCUCAGCUAG